AUGGACAAGGCUGAUAAAACGAGCUGGAACUACAAUGAUUGGUGUAUAAACCCUAGUUCUAGCCGCCUAGCUACAAUCUCUAAGUCUUAUACACCAUUCCGUAAGAGCAACCCCGACUCUUAUGCCGAUACUUCUUUCACGGAUGAGAUCACCUUGAUUGAGAUACCCAUGAAGUUCUCCUUCCCCAGCAUAAAGGCGUAUGACGGCACCACCGAUUCGAAUGACCACGUCGCCCAAUACAAACAAAGGAUGCUCGCCGUAGCACUCCCAAAGGGGUCGCCCAAAGCUACCAUGUGCAAAGAGUUCAGCUCCACUCUGACCGGACCCACUCUGCAAUGCAGCAGGAACCUGGAGAAAACCUCUGAUAGCCUCUACAAGAUCCUCCAGCACCAGACGGAACCCCUACGAGGCUACAUAGCCCGCUUAAAUCAAGAGAAGGUGGCUAUUCCCGAAUGCAGCAUCCCCACUGCUAUCUCUGCCUUCAAGAGAGGCUUGCUCCCCGACGGAGACUUCUAUAAGGAGUUAACCAAAUACCAAUGCAAAACAAAGGAAGACGUCCUAUCUCGAGCCUGGGCGCAUGUAAAAUGGGAGGAAGAUGUCUCCAGCCGCGCUAAGGCGCAACAAAAACCAGAUCCCAUGACGAUCAGACUAGACCAAACCGAGCGAGACGAGAAACCCUCUCAAAGACCGGCUAGUGACUCUGGAAAUCGAAACCGGGGGAGAUACCAGAACCGGCCGAUCGAGAAGGCAGAAGGGAUGGAAGUGUCCACGUGGCCAGACAUCUCUCACCUCUCCGUCUCAACGCUGGAGCUGGUCAAUGUUCUGAGGCAGAUGGGCCAACAGGUCAAGUAG